AUGGCUCCAGUAGAUGUAAUUCUGCCAGCUCAUUAUCAGCUCACCCCUGACUUCAAGCAGCACCUACUUUUUGGAGCGAUGUUUGGGCCAACAGACCCCGAACCUGCUUGCAGCUGGCAGACACCUUUCAGGCUUUUCAUGCAGUAUGUCCAUACGCUCUGCCCACUUUUGAUGGUUGCUGAUAUGAUGGUGGCAGAGCAUCCACUGGGACAGGCUGACAUGGAGAUCAAUGCUACGCUGUGCUUUGCUUUAGGCUACCUAGCUUGGAACUUCUUUUGCUGGUGGCUUCUGCAGACUCCUCCGUAUCCUUUGCAGAAACGCUUCUUUGAACUUGGGGUACCAUGGGCCCUGUUCGCCUACUCAGCUCGGGCCUUCAACCACCCAGCUCUUCUCGAGUUUGCAGCAGACAGUCAGACAACCUCCAGUUUGAUUGUUCCAAGUCAAUACCCUCACUGA